GAAGGAUCACAAGUGCUUCAAAGCCUCCAUUGACAAUGGAUGAUGAAGUGAAACUCCAUGGCCACUGGUCAAGCCCUUUCGUUUACAGAGUCAUUUGGGCUCUCUCCCUCAAAGCCAUACCCUACCAAUAUGUAGAAGAAGAUCUCGCCAACAAAAGUCCUUUGCUCCUUCACUAUAACCCCGUCCACAAGCAGGUCCCCGUGCUCGUCCACCGUGGAAAGCCCAUUUCCGAGUCCACCGUUAUUCUCGAAUACAUCGACGAGACGUGGCCGCAGAACCCCCUACUUCCUGUUGAUCCACUCCAGAGAGCCACUGUUCGAUUCUGGAUUCGAUUAGCUGAUGAUAAGGGGCCUGUGGUGUGGAGAAUGUUUUGUUCGGGUGGGGAAGAACAUGAGAAGGCAAAGAACGAGAGUUUGGAGAUGCUGCGGAACGUGGAAGAGCGGUGCAUUGGUGAAGAGAAUUUGUUGGGCCUUGGCGGAGACAAGAUUGGGAUGCUGGAUUUGGUGUAUGGAGUGUUUGGAGAAUGGUUGGAAGUGAUGGAACAAGUGAUGGGCCACAAAUUGAUGGAACCCCAUUCAUUUCCUCGACUACAUGCUUGGACCAGAGCUUUCAUGGAAGCUCCCGUCAUCAGAGACAAUCGUCCCGAUCGGGAGCGGAUGGUGGUGGCGUUCAAGGCUCUGAGGGAGCUGCUUAUGAAACCGACAUCAUCGGAGUAACCGGGAGAGAUGAGAUCAAUCAGAGAGCGCAUACUUUAUUAUGUGCAUUUGGAUUUUUGGUUCUUUGAGCAUGUUCGUCCUUGUUUUGUAACUCCGAUCUCUUUGUUGGAGAUAUAAUACAAAAUUUCGUUUGUAAUGGUUUUUUCUUCUUUUA